GCAGCUGGCCACACGCGCUGCGACAACCAUGGCGCUUCCAACCGUGGCGGUGCUCGUGACGUUCGCCGUUUUACUGACGCUUACGCAGCACUCGGGCGUGCUGGCGAGGGCGGGUCUGGAGGGCGUGGCUGCGGCGGUGCCGGCACCCAGGCGCACCCAGAAGAUGCUCCUGCCGCCCCUCGGCGCUGGGAAGCCGAGCGACUGGCAACGACAACCGUGCCAGUGUGGCAUCACGGGGUCUGACGUGGUCGACACGCGCAUCGUCGGCGGCUAUCAGGCGCCGCCGCACAUCUUCCCCUGGAUGGUGGCCAUCCUGUUCAACGGCUUCAUGAACUGCGGCGGCUCCCUCAUCAACGACAGAUACGUGCUCACCGCCGGCCACUGCCUAGUGGGGGUCAGUCCGAAGAACAUCUCGGUGAUGUUGGGUAUCAACGACUUGCUGUCCCUUCAACGAGUACUGCCACGCGUCGACCGGAUCAUCGUGCAUGAGGACUUCGACCGAGACUUCCUGCACGACAUCAACGAUGUGGCCCUCAUCAGGCUGGCGCAGUCCGUCCCCUUCAACGACCAGGUGGCCCCCAUCUGUCUGCCGCAAAACGUGGAGAUGGACUACGCAGACCAGCUCGCGAUCGUGGCAGGCUGGGGCCGUGUCGGGCAAGACAAGCCACUAUCGCGCUUCCUCCUCGCAGCCGAGGUCCGCGUCAUCUCCAACGACUUCUGCCGCAAGUCGUCCAUCGGCGAUCACAUCAAGGAUAACAUGUUGUGCACCUACUACGAGAAGAAGGACGCUUGCCAGGGUGACAGUGGCGGUCCAUUAGUAAUUGCUUCAAGUGAUGGUCACUUCGAACAGAUUGGUGUAGUAUCAUGGGGUAUUGGUUGUGCACGACCAAACAUGCCUGGUGUGUUCAGCAGAGUGACCGAAUUCUUGAAUUGGAUACGCCGCAAUACAAGAGAUGCUUACUACUGUUCAAGAAAUUAACACCAUUCAAGAUAUUGGCAAAGCAACAUUUCUCUUGAUUGGCAAUGGAAGAUGUUCAUCAUCUUCAUUUUACAUUAAAUAUCACAUUAAUCUCCUACAA